CCCGAAAGUCCAGUUCUGCGGCCCGGCAGCGGCGAGCGAGCGCGAUGACACAGGAGUACGACAACAAAAGGCCAGUGCUGGUUCUCCAGAAUGAAGCUCUUUAUCCGCAGCGGCGCUCCUACACGAGCGAGGACGAAGCCUGGAAGUCAUUCCUGGAAAACCCUCUCACUGCGGCGACCAAAGCCAUGAUGAGCAUCAACGGCGACGAAGACAGCGCAGCUGCCCUGGGCCUGCUCUACGACUACUACAAGGUUCCCAGGGAGCGCCGCUCAUCAGUCGCAAAGCCAGAGGGGGAGCACCCGGAACCAGAGCACAGCAAAAGGAACAGCAUUCCCAGUGUGACAGAGCAGCCCCUCAUCUCUGCUGGAGAAAACAGGGUGCAAGUGUUGAAAAACGUGCCCUUCAACAUCGUCCUCCCCCAUGGCAACCAACUGGGCAUUGACAAGAGAGGCCACCUGACAGCUCCCGAUACCACAGUCACCGUCUCCAUAGCCACCAUGCCGACCCACUCCAUCAAGACAGAAAUCCAGCCGCACGGCUUUGCUGUGGGCAUCCCUCCUGCAGUGUACCACUCUGAGCCCUCUGAACGCGUGGUGGUUUUUGACCGGAGCCUCAGCGCCGACCAGUUCAGCUCUGGCACUCAGCCUCCCAACGCUCAGCGGAGGACUCCAGACUCCACCUUCUCUGAGACCUUCAAGGAGGGCGUUCAGGAGGUUUUCUUCCCCUCGGACCUCAGUCUUCGGAUGCCGGGCAUGAACUCAGAGGACUAUGUGUUUGACAGUGUUUCUGGGAACAACUUUGAGUAUACCCUAGAAGCCUCCAAGUCGCUUCGGCAGAAGCAAGGGGACAGCACGAUGACAUACCUGAACAAAGGCCAGUUCUACCCCGUCACCUUAAAGGAAGUGAGCAGCAACGAAGGCAUCCACCACCCCAUCAGCAAAGUUCGAAGUGUGAUCAUGGUGGUGUUUGCCGAGGACAAAAGCAGGGAAGACCAGCUGCGACACUGGAAGUACUGGCACUCCCGGCAGCACACGGCCAAGCAGAGGUGCAUUGACAUUGCUGACUACAAGGAAAGCUUCAAUACCAUCAGCAACAUUGAAGAGAUUGCUUACAAUGCCAUUUCCUUCACCUGGGACAUCAAUGAUGAAGCAAAGGUCUUCAUCUCCGUGAACUGCUUGAGCACAGAUUUCUCCUCUCAGAAGGGUGUGAAGGGCUUGCCGCUCAACAUUCAGAUCGACACCUACAGCUACAACAACCGCAGCAACAAGCCAGUGCACCGGGCCUACUGCCAGAUCAAGGUCUUCUGCGACAAGGGAGCUGAACGGAAAAUCAGGGACGAAGAACGAAAGCAAAGCAAGAGAAAAGUUUCUGAUGUUAAAGUGCAGCUGCUGCCCUCACACAAACGGACGGACAUCACAGUGUUCAAGCCCUUCCUGGAUCUUGACACUCAGCCUGUCCUCUUCAUUCCUGACGUGCAUUUUACCAACUUGCAGCGGGGUAGCCAUGUGCUUUCCCUCCCCUCUGAAGAACUGGAAGGUGAAGGGUCUGUCUUGAAAAGGGGGCCAUUCGGCGCCGACGAUGACUUCGUAGUUCCUCCACCUGCUAAGCUGGCUCGGACUGAGGAGCCCAAGAGAGUGCUGCUCUAUGUCCGAAAGGAGUCAGAGGAAGUCUUCGAUGCCCUGAUGCUCAAGACCCCAUCCUUGAAGGGCUUGAUGGAAGCAAUCUCAGACAAGUAUGAUGUCCCCCAUGACAAGAUUGGGAAAAUAUUUAAGAAGUGCAAAAAAGGGAUCCUGGUGAACAUGGACGACAACAUUGUGAAGCACUACUCCAACGAAGACACCUUCCAGCUGCAGAUCGAAGACGCCGGCGGGUCAUACAAGCUCACCCUGACAGAGAUCUAGGGUGGGGGCCGCUCAGCCCCCAGGCGUGGGAGUUCAGUGACAGUGCCCCGUAGGUCUUAGAGUUUGGCCCGCUGAGGAGCCCGGGCACCCACCCUGCAGACACCUUAAAUAUCAGGGAAGGAGAAGAUGCCGCCUGUAACGGGCUGGGUUGGUGUUUUCCGUGUGAUAGCAAUCCAUAUGUUGUCGUUGUUUGAAUAUCUGAUGUGCUUAGAAAGCGAGGCGUGAGGACUUUGUACCGGACGUAACAGACCGUGGAACCUUUGGGUUCUCUGCUGUAUUACUUCUCAAAAUCUGCCUGUGUCCGUGAUGGCGGCAGGCUGCUGGCUGGAGAGAGAUGGGAAGGCAGUAGCUUGUCUUUGAGAAUUUUGUGUUCUUGCCGGACCUCAGUCUAAGCCAACUGCCUUGGGGAGUGGGCCCAGCCCUGAGCAAUAAAGGGCUGAGCCCUCUCCCUCCAGCUCUCCUCCUCCAAUGUUUACUAAACAGGGUGCAUUACUGGAACCUUCCCUUGCGACUUCCUUGGACGUAUGGACUGCCUUUCUUAUGAAGAACUUAAGUGGGGACAGUGUGAAGUUAGUUCAGUGAAAGCUCCGUUGUAUAUAAGUGCAAUAUCUCUUUGAAGGUCUGCCUGUAAAUGUGUACAUAUAUGUCUGAUAGAAAUACAUAAUAUAUAAAUAUGGUAUCUGUGUACAGAGAGAAGGCGGCCAGGAAGAUCUACCUUGAAACCCCUCCCUGGAGAAGAGGUUAAGUUAUUUUUGAUAAUGUGGGCCGAGCAGGUAGAAUGUUGCUUUCCCCAACACAAGCGUUUCCUAGCAUAGCAAAAAGCCAUCGCAUGUGGCGGAGCCAUCCACUCCCGAGAACGCAGUCACCGUGUGGUGCCCGCACCACCGGUGGAGCUAACGGAAGACUGGCCUGCAGCUCCUGUGCAAGGUGUCAGCCAGCUGUGUCCACACAGAGUCACAGCUCCCCAGGAGCAGGCCAGCUGCGCCAUGUUCCGUGUUUUGAGUCCCGUUGUCUCGGAGCCUCCAAGUGUCAGCGACUGUGUGUUUUAACUAGAAAGCCUUUGUGGAUUUACAUUACUGUGGCAGGGGAAUGUUUUGUACACACUUAAAUAUUUAAAAAAAAAAAAAAAAAAAACCAAAACUCUACAAUGUAAUUUUAUAAUGAAGCCUGUAACAAAUACAAUUGCGGGUCUCUUUAGGUUCAGGGAGCUAGAAUAGAUCACUUGUAUGAGCAGGACUGUUAGCGGUGUACUUAGGUAAAAAUAGUCUAAUGAAGUAUGUGAACAAAAUAGCUGGUUUUCUAAGAUACGGGAUAC